CAGGACGAUGUGGUUGAACUAAGAGAAGAGAAAUGUUAUUCUGUACUAAUUGAGGGCUGAACCGCGAAAUUGCUAGGCGUGAAAUUCCAACGCGUGUCUAUGUGACAGGACAUCGCAAUGUGUUCAUCGUAGUGCGUAAAUGGGGGUAUGAAUGAAUUUUCCAUUAAUCUACUCUUGUUUUUGUCUAUAAAUAAACACGAUUCAUUGAUUGUUUUCGGGAGUCACGUGAGAUAUAAGGGAAUUGACAGAGAGAAUUGUUACUGUCAUUACUCUGCAAAUACGACCGGCUUUUACCAUCAGCCGUCCAGCGUACGGACGAUUACCGCCAGGCAACGUACUGGCCAUCGGAGAAUAGAUGCAGUUUUAUGAGAUCUGAGUGUUCCUGGGCAAAGUUCAUCCAUCACCAUUCCCGGGGCUGCGGUAUACCAGGGCUGUGCAGGGGCAACCGACGACGUCAUGCCUCACAAAGAUUCCCGACGCAGUGUAUACAGUCCUAUUCCCUUGAUCGCCGUUCAAGAUACAGGCCACAGCGGCAUCAACCAGCUGGGCGGCGUGUACGUGAACGGUCGUCCCCUGCCAGACUCCACGCGUCAAAAGAUCGUGGAGCUGGCCCACAGCGGGGCCCGUCCCUGCGACAUCUCUCGCAUCCUUCAGGUGUCCAACGGCUGCGUCUCAAAGAUCCUGGGCCGAUACUACGAGACAGGCUCCAUCCGUCCCAGAGCCAUCGGUGGCAGCAAACCUCGAGUGGCCACCCCAGACGUCGUCGCCAAAAUAGCCCAAUUCAAAAGAGAGUGCCCCUCCAUCUUUGCGUGGGAGAUCAGAGACAGGUUGCUCUCCGAAGGCGCAUGCACAAACGAUAGCGUCCCAAGUGUAUCGUCCAUAAACCGAGUGCUUAGGAAUCUGGCAGCGCAAAAGGAGCAAGCUCAAGUUCAAGCCCAGGAUGCUGUUUACGACAAACUCCGAAUGCUCAACGGUCAAGGGUGGCCUCGGCCGAACCCCUGGUACUCGGGAGGCACGACAUUCGGUGGCAUCACACCGAGCUAUGUGCCUCCUGUCACACCAACAGUACCUCUAGAAAACGGUCUUCCGCCAAAGAAAGAAGGCAGCGUUACGGAGGCGUCGACGCCAAGUGACCAAAGCGGCAGCGGAGAGGAGGAUUCUGCGGCGAGGUUGAGACUUAAAAGGAAGCUGCAAAGGAAUCGGACGUCCUUCACACCAGAGCAAAUAGAAGCCCUCGAAAAAGAAUUUGAGAGGACGCAUUAUCCAGAUGUCUUUGCUAGAGAAAGGUUAGCAGCGAAAAUUGAUCUUCCUGAAGCAAGGAUACAGGUGUGGUUCUCGAACCGGCGUGCGAAGUGGCGGCGAGAGGAAAAGUUGCGGAACCAGCGGCGGGCGGCCGAACAGGCUGCGGCAUCAGUGACGACGGCGCCCGGUCGCCUGCCUCUCAAUACGGGCUUCCCUAACUCCCUCUACCCGAGCAUAGGACAACCCAUGGCAUCCAUGGCAGAAACAUACAGGUGGGGCACUAUCCCCACUAUGCCUACCUACUCGACUAACAUGACCCCGAGCUCCUGCCUGCAGCAGCAAACCUCCUCCUACUCCUGCAUGCUGCCUCCAGGAAGUGCCAGGAGUUAUGACCCGCUCUCCCUGGGCAAUUACACGCGGCCCACUUGUCCCACUGCCCAGCCCCACGUCAUGCAACCUGUCAACAGUCAAUUCCCCAAUAACGGCACGGCGGCCUCAACAGGGCUAAUAUCUCCGGGUGUGUCUGUGCCUGUUCAAGUUCCCGGACAAUCCAACGACCUGAACAUGGCCUCCAACUACUGGACAAGGCUACAGUGACAUCAUCCGACCACCACAGACGCCUCUGAUCUCGUAAGUCUGUGGCUGCAUUCUGAGGAGAGGCAGAAGCGCAUAAAAGGACUCUACGAGGACAUCAAAAACAAUCUGCAACAAGCAAGUCAUCUAACGCAACAGUGAGCAACUGUUGUUUUUCACUUCCACGAACUAUGCAAUGAAACAGUUCAAGCUCUUCACGCAUUUUCUUGUACUUAUUUAUGGUUUAAAAUUGAAGGAAGUGCAUUUUUUAAAAAAUUUAGUGUACAUAUUAUAUGAUUUUAGAAUAAACAAGCUAAAAAAAUUUAUUUCUGAGAAAAUUGCAAUAUGUUAUUAUUUAUUGUUUGCUUGUUGAUACGAGUUUAUGGAAAUAUUAAUAUUUUAGAAACUGAUUACAAAAUGUUUUGUAUUUUUAUUAUUUAAUAAAUUAAAGGAAAUUAUUUCCUAUUGUAAUAAUAUAAUUGUAUAAUUGUUUUGUAAUUGAACAUAAAAAAGCACAACUUAAAAAAAACAGCAGCGAGUUGUGUGAUUUUUGAGAUAAUUUAUAAAGAAUUUCAUCGAAGCUAUCUUACCACAAGAACACUCGCGAAUGUAAAAUCUGCAUUUCGGUAAUUUAUUCUCUUAAUUGGGAGUCGUCAUGAAUACUUUUUGAUGAAUAAAUUUUUCAAAUUAUCUACAAUAAUUGGGUUCAAUGCAAAUGAGCUCAGAUUUUACAUCACCGCCAGAUUUUGUGGUUAACGAAGAAUAAGGAAUUCAUGCGAAAAUGAUAAAUUAAGCAUUUCGAUGCUUACGAAUCAAUAUCUUAAUCAUUUAUUUUAAAGAGCUUUUAGAGUCUCUAGAAAAGAAAUACACAUAAUAGAGAUUCUGUUAUAGCGUUAAUUUCUGUCAUCAAAUAAAAAUUUAAAUUUGUAUUUAAAAUCUUAGAUUUGAAUAUCUCUUUCAAAUAAGUGCAAAACAAUAAAAUGAAAAGUGAAAACCAACUUAUUAUGCCAUAAAUAUUUGCCUUAUUUCAUGGCUAAAAUGUUUUUAGU